UAGUGUAAUCGUAUUGAUAAUAUCAGUAUUCGAAAAAAUGGCCGAAGAAGUUUCAUUAUUAUCUUCUCCUUCUGAAUCAUCUACUUCACUUCUGUCUGAAAUAUCAAAUGCUUCCACUAGAGCUUUCGUUCUUGCCUUCACUGUCGGUUCUUGCGGCGCCUUUGCCUUUGGAUGCAUCAUCGGAUAUUCGGCUCCUACACAGUCCAGUAUCAUGAAAGACUUGAAUCUCUCCAUAGCUGAUUACUCACUUUUUGGAUCGAUAUUGACUGUGGGACUAAUACUUGGAGCAUUAAUCUGUGGGAAAUUAACAGAUUUGGUUGGUCGUGUCUACACUAUAUGGAUCACUAACAUUCUUUUCGUAAUCGGCUGGUUUGCUAUUGCAUUUGCCAAGGCUGUUUGGCUGCUCGAUCUGGGAAGGUUGUUGCAAGGGAUCUCGAUCGGAAUUAGCGCAUAUUUGGGACCAGUUUACAUUACCGAAAUAGCACCUAGAAAAUUGCGAGGAGCUGCUUGUUCCAUGUCGCAGUUAUUUACGGGCGUUGGUAUAUCCGUCGUUUAUGCACUUGGAACAGUCGUUGCUUGGCGCAAUCUAGCAAUUUUGGGUUCUAUACCUUCUCUUAUGAUUCUGCCUCUUCUUUUCUUCAUCCCCGAGUCUCCUAGAUGGCUAGCUAAAGUUGGGAGAGAGAAGGAGGUUGAAGAGAUUUUGUCAAGAUUGCGAGGAGAAAAUUCUGAUGUAUCAGAUGAAGCAGGAGAGAUAUUAGCAUAUACAGAACAUGUUAAACAACAAGGAGAUGAUCGUGGUUUCCUCAAGUUGUUUCAGCGAAAAUACGCGUUCUCACUUACUAUUGGAGUUGUUCUUAUAGCUUUGCCUCAACUUGGAGGUCUUAGUGGUUAUUCUUUUUACACUGAGUCUAUUUUCAUAUCUACCGGUGUAUCGAGUGAUGUUGGAUUCAUAUCGACAUCUAUAGUUCAGAUGCUUGCAGGCGUUUUAGGUACUGUGCUUGUGGAUGUAUCCGGAAGACGUUCACUCCUACUGGUUUCUCAAGCUGGAAUGUUCUUGGGCUGUCUUGCCACAGCCAUUUCAUUCUUCUUGAAGGAGAACCAUUGCUGGGAAACAGGAACACCUAUAUUGGCUCUGAUUAGUGUCACGUUAUACUUUGGAUCAUAUGGAUUAGGCAUGGGAUCAAUACCAUCGAUCAUAGCAUCAGAGAUUUAUCCAGUAGAUGUGAAGGGGGCAGCGGGAACAAUGUGUGGCUUGGCCAGCUCUAUAAGCUCAUGGCUCAUUGCUUAUUCCUUCAGUUUCUUGUUUCAGUGGAGUACCACGGGAACAUUUCUGAUGUUUACCACAGUGACUGGCAUUGGAUUUGUGUUCAUAGCUAAGCUUGUUCCAGAGACUAGAGGAAAAUCUUUAGAAGAAAUCCAAUCUCUUUUCAGUUUUUAGUGAUUCUCCUCGUGAAGGUUCUACAAUAUCAACAAACAUCUCCCCCCAAAAUAGAAAAUUAUGGGUUACAACUUCAACUGUUUUA